GCUAGAGUUUCUGUUCGUGUGGUGAAUUCAGCGGUUAUCGAGGGUAGACGGCGUUCAUCAUCUCGGCACCGGGUCAUUUCCAACAUCCAGUCUAGGCAGAAGCAGCAUCGAGUACCUUCCCGAACGGAGCAACAGCCGAUUGUACCCAGUAGCUAUCGCCAGCAUGCCCACCACCAAUGCCCGCUUUCAAACUACCAUCAAUUUCCCGAGAAAGAAAUGGCAUCGCAGUUGCAAAGCGACUCCGGAUAUUAACAAGGAGCUACCUCCACCCAGAGAGCUGCCUCUCAGCCCCCGCAAGCGCCUAGGUGGUGAAAACCUGUGUAACAUUCCUCAGUCUCUGCAAUGCUCUCCCUCAAAGCAGAAGAAGGAAAAUCAGCCUGUUACUCCUUCAACACCUAGGGGUCGGAAGUUGGAGUUUAGUAAUAGUCCAUUAAAACACUCUCCAAGAAAGCUUGAACUAUCUGCUGAGAAAUCACCAGAGCGGCCAUUGUGUCUCCCCCAGAAAGGAGAUGAGACCCCUUGUUCAACGGUGCACUCCUGGCGGAUGGUGAAAAGUCCUUCUGUGGAGCUUUUUAAAAAGAAAGAUCUAUGUUACCAACAGACCAAGCAGGUUUUAAACACUGCCAUUCCUGAGCGUAUUCUGGCACGUGAAGAUGAGACCAAAGCCAUUACCCAGUUUCUGCUGAACCAUGUCUGUGAGGAGGAGCCAGGCAGUCUGUAUAUUUCUGGAGCACCUGGUACAGGAAAGACAGCUUGUCUGAACCGAAUUCUCGCAGACCUGCAGGAGAAACUUGGUGCCUCUACACAAAUUUUCAUUAACUGCAUGUCACUGAGGAGCUCGCAAGACAUUUUUUGUACUGUCGCAGACAAACUAUUUGGAAAAGGCAAGCUGAAAUGUGCAGGAAAAGAUUUUCCAAAGAGACUGGCAAAAAAGUUAACCAGCGAGGGCCCGAUGGUCCUUUUGGUGUUGGAUGAGAUGGACCAGCUGGAUAGCAAGGGUCAAAGUGUCCUCUACACAAUAUUUGAGUGGCCACAUUUAAAUAACUCAAGGCUGGUUCUAAUCGGAAUUGCAAAUGCUCUGGAUCUCACGGAUCGAAUCCUGCCUCGACUGCAAGCACGCCCCAUGUGCAAACCUCAGCUGCUGAAUUUUGCUCCGUACACGAGGGACCAGAUUGUGACCAUUGUACAAGACCGGCUGAAUCAGGUACCAGGUGAGAGGGUCUUGGAUGCUGCUGCCAUUCAAUUCUGCGCACGGAAGGUUUCAUCUGUAUCUGGUGAUGCUCGAAAAGCCUUGGAUAUGUGCAGGCGAGCAGUGGAGAUUGUGGAAUCAGGCGUUCGAAAUCAGGCAGUCAUGGAAUCUAAAUCUCCGGUCAAGACUCCUCGUAAUCCAGGCCUAAAAAAGGUUGGGUUGCCGCACAUUUCCCAAGUAAUCUCCGAAGUGUAUGGCGACCGGAUGACACCCAGCUCUGGGUCAGAGUGCUUUCCUCUGCAGCAGAAACUCCUGGUCUGUUCACUGCUUCUCCUGACCAGGCGGUCCAAAGUGAAAGAAGUUGGUCUUGGAAAGCUCCAUGACACCUACAGCAAAGUUUGCAGAAGCCACCAGGUGACUGGGGUUGACCAGUCGGAAUGCUUGUCACUCUGCAGCCUUUUGGAGUCGAGGGGAAUCGUGUGGCUCAAGCAAUCAAAGGAAGCUCGGCUCUCAAAAGUUGGCCUGAAGAUUGAAGAGGAGGAUGUUGAACAUGCUCUGAAUGACAAAGCCCUGACAGGGAGCAUUUUACAAAGAGGACUGGAAUAUUUUUUAAACUGAUUGUUUUUAAUAAUUCCCAUCACCUUGGUUCUGUCAGUAAAGCAACAGUGUCACAAACAUGCUUUCAGAAAAGUAUUGUUGCAUCUAUUCGAUAAUUUGUCAUUUUCUGAGCUGCUGCUGGGUUUCAGUGCUGAACCUUGUUUUGUACACUAUUUCAAGUACUUGGGGAGUGAUGAAUUCCAGUGCCCAUCAGGUGUAUACAGCACAGUUGAUAAAAGCAUUGGCCAGCUUAAUGAGCUGCCAGAAAUCAGCAGUGUGGAAGAGACCAGCUGGAAUAUUUACCAACAAAAGCUGGGGCUUUUAAAAUUGGUACUUACAGCAGCACAGUUUUAGAAUACUGCUGAUGGAGGUGUACAUUAGCUAAGUGGCCUCAUGUUGCUAUCCUUAUUUUGUGAAAGAUUGUACGAGAUGGGUUUCUUGUGUAAUUCUUAAUGACAUCCCUUUGGGAGGUUGGUGUUUUUAAAUAUAUUUAUAAAAAUGACUUUGCUUUUGAGUAAUCUCUACAAAGCAAUAGCUUGUUUAUGUUGCAAGCUAGUGGAUUCUUAACUGAACUAAGGCUUAUCUAGUCCUAUUUUUAAAAUCCAAAGGGAGAGAUCCUCUUGUUUAAGCUUUUGUUUUGAGGCACAGGGCAAGAGAUUGAUAAAUAUUUUGGCUGCAUAGCAUUAAACUUUGUUUCAAUUUCCAUCAAGACUAUCAGUGUGAAGAUAAAGCCUGCAACUUGAAUUUUGACAUCUAUAGAUUGUUCCAUGCAUCUGGUGAACAACUGAAAGAAUGUUUAACAUGGGAAUAUUUAUUUUUGUCAAUCAGUUUAACUUGUUCCCUUGUAUUGCAGAAACUUGGAAAAUAAAGAACCUUUU